CACUUCUUCGCAGCGGCAUCGCGCGGGAGGUGCGGCGGAGCUUUCGACACACACUCGGCCAGCGCGGAGUCCGCAGCGGCCCACGGACUUGGAAGCUCGGGCCCGGCCCGCGAACAGACGGCGUACGCGCUGCGAGGUGGGCAGCAUGGCUUGACUUUGGAGCGGUGGACUGUCAGCGAGUGGCAAACCCGUGCUUGACUCUUUGCCCCAGGACGCCAGCCGCUCGGAAGCGCUCCCGUCACGCAACCGCCGCGAGGCGCUCGUCCGGCGGUCGCCAUGUCCAGCUCAACGUACGCCUACUACCAGGAGGAGCCGCGGACGCCCAAGCGCUACUUCAACCUGGGCGUGCUGUCCUGCUGCCUCGGGGGACUGCUGUUCAGCGCGGGCAUAAUCCUGGUUGUGCUCGGUUCGUCGCCACAGGAGCCCGAGGCCCUGUGGAUCGCCGGCAUCGUCCUGCUGCUCGCCGGAGGACUGCUCUUCUUCCUCGGCAUCGGCUCCGUGGGCCUCUACCUGGCCAGAGAGGACCGGCGCAAGCGCGAGGCGGCCCGGGCGCGCACGCGCAACUACACCUCCAGCUUGCGCUCCAGCGACAUGGUGCUCGUCGAGUGAUGAGCGACUCGAACUGCAGCGGCUGCUUCGGAAGGCCGCGGUUUGCAUGUGUGCUCAACCAAGGGUGAUGCCAGUCUUGGGAACAGUGGCAGUCUGUUAACACGCCAGUGUAGUUGCCGGCUUGAUUGCGUCGCGUUUGGCCUAUAUGUCCCGCUGUCAGGUCUACGUCCUGUUACAGAAGAAAGAGACCCUGGCAUAAAUGCCGCCAGUUGGCGGGGAAAGUGGCCUAUAGGCACUUUAAAAAUGACAAAGAAUCAUAAAAGAAAGGACGACGUCGAGGCUGACGAGAUGUUAUCAGCUCCAUUAGGCUGUCCGUGCCGGGCACGUCUUUUUCUUUUUUUAUGACUACGAGGAACGCUAACGUCGGUUAUUUGUGCAGUAACACGUAGAGCCGACACCUGUCUUACGAUUCGAUUAAUUGAGGAAUAGAUACCGGAAGGGAAACGAUUACGAUUUUUAAACACUUGGACUCCAGGUCCAAAUCGAUUUUAUUCGCACGUAAUUGUUCCUGCCAGUUUUCUAGCAAAAGGUAAAAAAAUUAAGAAAUAAAAAUGAAGAAAUAGCUCUUAACACUGCCGAAAACAGACUGCAAAACACUUCCCUUAAUAAGUCGUCAUUUUUCUCUGGCAACGUAAAACCCUUUCUGGCUUCCAUUGAGCACGCGGUGCAAUUUGCAAGAAAAAAAAAAAAAAAAAAAACACCUACGUAUUGUAUAUGGGCAUGACGCACUCAGUGCCGUUUAUGGCCUCUGUGUAACUGAUUGUGGUGCACACAUGUGUAGCGCAUGUGUAGCACAGGGGAAGUUUUUAGUUUAAUGACAUUCACUAAGACUUCUCGAUGACCGUAUAUGAACUAUUGGUUUCUUCUAUGACAAAGCGCAGCUAAAAGGUAAAUAGACAGUUAGAGUGUAAGCCCCUAGGUUGUAACUUUAAUGACGAGAAACGAGUAUGACAGGAGCAGGGAGACUUUAAUCUCACUGCCAGAGCGUCUAUCACUGCGAUCUCUACGGAACAGUCUUUCUGUUUUAUAUUGAUAGUGUAAAUAUCCAGAUCAGCGCAUAAAUGUUAUCUGUAAUUGAAAUUUUUAGACGAAAUACGGAUAACAAUAAAGCUAGUCGCUAGUGCUAAACCUUGUUGACACCGUAAAUAUAACAUACGUCCUUAGCAGACACAAGCAGUUAAAAAUCGCAUGGCUGCUUUAUUCUUGUGUCAGUUAGGCUGCAGAAUGCGUAACAAGGAUCAGCACUUCUGUUAUAAUGCUAUCAACCGCGGAGAGACACGGCGCUAUAGCUUUUCUUCCACGCAUCGAGAUGUGUACAAUUGCUUACUGUUUCAUGUGCGAGAAUUGUCGGGUAAGGAUAAAUGUUACGUAAAUUACAGUGACUUGCACUUCAAGCAGCCAUGAAUGCGACAGUAACAUUUGGCUUCGCAAAUUCCCACUGUUCGCGAAGUGCAUGUGAUGCACUAAGUAUAUUCGUAUUCCUAUACAAAACAACGAAGACGUUAAAGUAAAUGAGAUAAUAAUCAAAUUAUCUAAUUUCACUGCGAGAAACAUUCUAGAGUACAGUCUGCACUUGUUCGAAGUCAGAUUAUGCAAACUCUGUAAGUGGAUCCAUCCAUUACGUCGAGCAGAUUUGUGCACCCAUACUUAUAUUCGUUGAUGUUCGUUUUGAGCAUCGUCUCGUUUUCACGUAUUUGCCGCAUCGUAUGCUCACAGGGGAGCAUUAAUGUGUGAUGUCGUUAUUCUAUGGAAGAUAUUAGAAUAGAAAGAAUCAUUUCAUAUUUAGAAGGCCUGAAAAGCGAGUGAUGGAGUGGAAAUGUCUCUGUGCCAUAUAAUUAGCGGGGCCUCAAACAGCAAGUUGCCAGUGCUGAUAAGCUCCAGCGAUUGUCAUUUCAUGUGCGCGUGCGUGUGUCAGGGUGGAUGAGGGAAGUAUGCGAGAAAACUGUUGCGCUUUACAAAUGCGCAAGCGUCUUGUUAUUGAUACGGUCUCAGGAUGGCGUGAACUGUAUUGUUAUACAGCUGCGAGUAUGUGCUGUGUUUUUUGUUGUUUUAGUGAUCCCUAUACGAGCCGAAAAGGAAGCUUUUAGUGACACAACAUUAAAAAAAGACGUUUGGCACUGUGUUUUUUGUUAAAGUGUCGUCUUCUAAGUUUACACGUGUUGCAAGUUGAGAGAGCAAACUUUGGUUGUCGCCGGAAAAGCGAAAAAAAAAAAAAAAAAGUGCCACAGCAACGGAUGCGUGCGUCUAUAGGCGUCGACGUCGCAGCUAAUGUCUAAUACGAAGCUUCGGCUUACGACUAAAGUAGGUCACUUUUUGUAUGAUGCUAAAUAAACGUGCGUUGACUAAUAA